ACGUGUUCGAUGAAAUGUCUGAAAGAGUAUUUUUUUGGAUUGCUUUAUCUCUUUACUUUCGUUCGUGAUUUUGCAGUGUGGUUCUAAUAUUAUUGUGAACUGGCUGGUGUAGUGUCGAGGAAGAUGGUUAGUGGUAGCCUGAAAUGCCUUAUAUCUUCAGCAGUGGGUCGAGGUGUGACCGAAGUGAGAGCCAGGAUUUUCGGACAUAUGCUUAACCCAACAGGACAGAGAUCUCCUCAUAAGAUAUUAAGGAAGAAGCUUUUUGGUGACAAGGUUGCAGAAUGGUAUCCAUAUGACAUUAAGAAUGAGGAUCCCAAUGUCUUGGCUAGAGAAGAACAAGAGCGGAUAUCAAAGCUUGAGAUGUUGAAGCGUCGUAACAAAGGACCCCCAAAGAAGGGUCAUGGAAAACGUGCUUCAAAGCGUAACAAGUAGAAGUAACAACCAUAGCUACAAGAGAACAUUGCAUUUUUAGAAUCAGACUCUUCUUGUUGGAUCAGAUAGGACUUAUAAGUUAAAAGUUUCUCCUGAAAACUGCAUUGGUUUCCAAUAAUGUUAGUAUGUUGAAACACAGUUCAAAAGCUAUUUGCUUCCCUUUUGACUUUUGUUUCUCUUUUCUUACUCCUCUUCUUCAAUCUACAGUUACUUUAACAAA